ACGUCAGUGGAUCGAUCGGCGCAGGCGUGCACCAGCAGGUCUGGCUGCUGCUUUAAUGUAAGAAAUGGGGAUGAAUAAUUUUUUAUUCUCUCAGUGCAUCCUGUAUUUUCUCGCUUUUCUGUUUGGCUUCAUCGCCGUGGUGCCGCUGUCGGAGAACGGCAGUGAUUUCCAGGGGAAAUGCCUGCUCUUCACCCGCGGGAUGUGGCAGAAUGAGAACAUCACGGUGGAGAAACAACGCUUCAUGGUCGAGGAAUGGGGCCCGGAAUCCGCCUGUCAGUUCACCACCUUCAUCGGACUCUUCAGCCUCCUCUUGUCGGCAGUCCAGGCCUGGAGGCUCCUCUUCUACCUUUGCAAAGGGCAUGAUGACACUUUCUUUGCAACGUUCCUGAAUCUGCUGGUCAGCACUUUCGUGGUCUUCCUUAUCUUCGUGGCAAGUACUCUGGUGACUGUUGGCUUCAAUAUGUGGUGUGAUGCGAUCACUGAGAAUGGAAGAAUGCCUAACAGUUGUGAAGAAUUGCAGGAUAUAGAUCUGGAACUCCAUUUGGAUAACUCUUCUUUCUACGACCAGUUUGCGAUUAUCCAGUUUGGCCUGUGGGCUGGAUGGGUUGCUUGGAUGGCAAUUACCGUUCUGGCGUUUCUGAAAGUGUAUGACAACUAUAGGCAGAAGGAGCUCCUCGAUAGCCUGGUCCACGAGAAGGAGUUGCUUCUAGCAAGAUCAUCCAAGAGAAUAUUAGAUCAAGUUGAGAAAAAUGCAUUGAUUUAAAUCCAAUUUCAGUGCAUAUUGUAGAAGAAUGACUCUGCCUGAUAUAAAUCAAUGCUGCAUGUUCUUGUCAAGAAAAAAAAACUGUAAAACAGGAUACUCUCCAUCGUAAUGAUAACUUCUAUAAAUAAUAACUAUGUCUUACUAUAGAUAUUAUUGUUCUUUCAGUGCCUACUAGACAUUAGUCUUUAAAAUGUAGUAAUUUUGUAAGAUGUUACUGCACAAAAGGUAAUGACUGCCGUAAUGCUAAGUUAAAAUUGAAACUUCUGCUCAUACUUGUACAUCAAAACCUUAAACUUAUUGAUAAGAACAAAACUAUCCUGUUUUGCAGUAGCAAUCUAAACAUCAUACAAGAAAUUUCAUGUGCUAAAGAUAAACAUGGUAAUAUAUUAAAAUAAUGGAGGAACAAAAAAUUACAGCCAGUUGUAUUCCACAUGGUUCAGCAUACUCCCACUGCUACAAAAUAUUGUACUGUAAGCAUAUGAACGAGUUGAUAAAUGAUGCCCACUUUCAUCGCAGGUGGUAAUGAAUUUCAUGUUCAACAUGUCAAUAUUGUUUGGAGCCAAACUCUGUGAAACCUGAACAUUCUUUCUAGUGACAAUGCAUUGCUUUCAUUACUUGAAAAUCUCAUCCGCAAUGUUUAGAAAAUGACAAUGAUGGUUCCUUAGGAGCAGCUGCUAUCUUACACCUCUGAAUGUUCUACCUUAAAUCAAUUGCUUCUCUUCAGCUAAUAAAAUGAACAACAGCAAUUGGAAGCUUAGUGGUAUAAAGUGACAGACUUUAUUGUGCCAUAUGUUGCUCGUAAAAAGAAGGAUCCUUGUUAUUAAUGUCAAUUCUUUAACCUUGAUUACAGUGUCCUUUGCUGAAAACUGUGUAAAAUUAAAUUCAUUCAUAUGCUUGUUUACAUCUGUGCUGUUGUUUCUUCCCCUUGUGGGCACAAAUGCACACUUUGAUUUCUGCUGCUACUUAAUAACUUUUUAACUGUCAGUCAGAAUAUAGUAGGCCACAGUGCCUUUAUGCUUCCCCUGUGCCUACAAAGCUUGGGAAAAAUGACGCAUCUGCCAAAUGGGAACCACAAGGGUAAACAUGCGAACUAUGACACGAUUGCUUGGCAAGUUGAUGAGCUGUAUCACCAUACAAUUUUAUUAGUACUUUAUGUUUGUUAUUAGCUCAUCCUAAAAACAAACUCUGAAAAGCCUGGGUUGUACGUUUCGUGACCAAAAUGUGAAUUCCAGCAACACCUUCCAUUUAUGUAGUGCCUUUCAUAUAAUAAAAUGGCCCAUGGUAGUUUACAAAAUUUGAUACUGAGGAACUGAAGGUGACAUUCAGGCAUUUGGUCAAAGGUAGAUUUUAAGGAGUAUCUUAAAGAUGAAAAGAAAGAUUAUGGAAUGCAGUACCACAGUAGAGAUCAAAACAGAGGUGAAGGGGUUAAAAUGUUGUGAUCGUUCUUCCAAUCACACACCGUAAUUACUGUUGUCUAUGUUUGCUGGUUACCUGACUUUGUCUAUCCUGUUUCUGUAAUGAAGGUCUGAAUACAUGAAAAUUAUUCUACUGCCAUUCAUACAGAUGUAGACAUACCCAUGUUUAUUACUUUGCUUCUGCUUCUUUGUCUGAAAAGUUCUUUGUACUCAAAAAUCAUUCACUGCAGCAAACUCUACAUUUUUCUAACUCCACAUGCCACCUGUAAAUAAAUGCCUGAAAGUUGUUCAUCAGUAUCUUGACACUUGCAUUUACUGAUCAGUGCACUAUCUAUCUGUCAUCGCUAUCCCAGUAUGUUCCCAAGUGAAUCAGAAACACCCCCUGUCCACCAUAAUGCAGCUGUCCCUUAUGCUCUGGAGUUUCCUUUCUCAACUUCUACGCUCUUCACUUCCACACCUGUCUCUUAAAUCCUUCA